AAAUAGGAAAAUUUUUAACUAUCCGCCAACUUCAGGAUCAUAACUUGUCACUUAAUAACAAUAAUUAUAAUUAACAGUUAUGGAAUUUGUUAUGAAUAUGUCAAAAAUAAUAAUAGAUUUUGUUACUAGACCAGAGUUGUUUUCUUUAAAAUUAAAUCUUGACAAAGGUUAAUGUGUCAAGUUCAAGUUUUUAAACAGCAAUGGAGACCAUGUGCAAGUACAUCAGUCAAAUAGAAAAUUUUUUUUAAAUGUACCUGUCAUUUAAUUUUGAAUAUUUAAUUAUUUAAAAUAGACAGCACAUCUAUAAUGAAUUUCGUAAGAUUCACAUCAUAUAUUACAUCAUCAAAUUUUGAAAAAAAUAUUUAACGACUGGUAACGACAAUUUUUAAUAACAAAUUUUAUACUGAUAUCUAAUCAUGCAAAACGAAACGAAAUUGAAUGAAACGUUAUGGGAUCCCACAGAAAUAUUUACGUCUUCGGUAGAUUAUAAAUAUGCAAUUAUUAUUUUAAAUCAACCAAUUUUAUUUAAGAAAAAUAUUGUAUUACCUUUAUGGAAAAAAGCACAAUUUAGAAUUACUGUUGAUGGUGGUGCGAAUCAAUGGCUAAAAUAUCUGGGAACUUUAGCAGAUGAAAUAUUUUCUAAAAAAUGUAUCGAAUAUGCACCGGAUUUAAUUACAGGUGAUUUCGAUAGUAUAUUACCAGAUCACAUAAAUAAACUAAAAAAUGUUGGUGUUGAAAUCAUCACCACCAUGGAUCAAAAUCAUACUGAUUUUACCAAGUCAUUGAUGCAAUUAUCUACUAAGUGUAAACAUAAAGAUAUUCAGUUAAAGGCAGUUUAUGUAUUCGUUGAAACAGCCGGACGAUUUGAUCACAUUAUGGGUAAUAUCAAUACUUUGUACAGAAGUAAAGAAAUAAUAGAUGUUGAAACUAUAAUUCAAGUAGCGAGUAAUUCAUUAACAUGGUUAUUAAAACCCGGUUAUCAUAUUAUUAAAAUUCCUCAAGUCCUCAGAAGAACUCAUUCGUGGGUAGGCCUCAUUCCCAUUGGAUCUGUUGUUAAGACUAUUUCAACAACUGGACUAAAAUAUAAUUUAGAUAAACAUACAUUAGCUUUUGGAGACCUUGUAAGUACUUCAAACACUUAUGAUGGAUCACCAGAAGUCACAGUAACAACUGAUUCUCAUGUUAUAUGGACAAUGGGUAUUGAGUCUUUAGUUGAACUGGAAAAUGAUUCUCUUUGAAUAUUAUUUCCGAGUUUUUUUUAUUUUAUUGACUUGAACAAAACUUUUUAACUGUUUACAAUAUUAGUUUACUAUAAAUUGUUUAAAUUUUACUUUUACAAAUUUAAAAAAAAAAUUCAGCAUAUUAUAGUUUUUAUUCAAUAGUUAUUUAAAAUUUUAGCUAAACUAUUUUAUAAUUAAUUACUGUUAUUUUUUUUUUUUUG